AUGUUUCUUCAUAUAGUGAACGAUAUAUAUCACUUUAACGCCAUACAACCAUUACCAAAACAUUUUGCAUUCUUCCACAAUGCUCCAAUCGACGUUGUGGGUCGCCCGACAUUAAAUAUUUUUCAAAAACGUAUUUCCGCUGUACGACAACUAGCUUAUGCUUCUACUGCCGACCAGUUAGAUGAAUACCUCGAAAUGGGGUCCCAAACGUCUGCCGAUUCGUUGAAGUACUUCUGCAAAUGUCUUGUUCAGUUAUAUCACUCAGAGUUUUUGAGAAAACCGACUAAAGAAGAUGUUAACUACGUGACCGCUAAACACGAGGCAGUGCAUGGUUUUCCGGGUAUGCUUGGAAGCGUUGAUUGUAUGCACUGGGCUUGUAGAAACUGCCCAACGACAUGGCAAGGCCAAUACACUCGUGGUGACAAAGGACAUCCAACGAUUAUGCUUGAAUCGGUUGCUUCAUAUGAUUUGUAG